AUGGCAGUCUCUUUCACACUGAGCACAAGAGGCAGUAUUAAUAUCAUUACAUGCAACAAAGUACGUAGAAACACAUGUUUAAGAUAUAUCUUCGGUAUGGAGAAACUCACAGUAACAAUCGCCACUUGCUUCCUACUUUGCUCCGUGCUACUACUACUACCACCACCAUCCUCUUAACAUCUUCAACCGCCUCAAGUCAAGUCUAAUAUCACAACCACCGGUAACAAUUCGAAUAAUUCCUAUGGUUCUAAGAGACCAAGGGAGAAACUGCUAGGAGGAGGGCUUCUUGCUACGGAGUUUGAUGAGGAAUCUUGCCUGAGUAGGUAUGACCAGCCGUCUUUGCGCAAGCCCUCACCACACAAACCAUCUGCUUAUCUCGUCUCUAAGCUUAGAAGCUACGAGAAGCUUCACAAGCGCUGCGGUCCAGGCUCAGAUGCUUACAAGAGUGCAACAGAGAAGCUUGGCCUUAAGCCUGGGAAUGGAAGUAGUGAAUCUGUUGGUGAAUGCAGAUACAUCGUUUGGGUUCCAUUCUCUGGGCUUGCAAACAGAAUAAUAUCUCUGGUUUCUGUAUUCCUCUAUGCUCUCCUUACAGAGAGAGUCAUUCUUGUUGACCAACGCAGUGGUAUAAGCAACCUCUUUUGUGAGCCUUUUCCAGCUACUUCCUCGUUGCUUCCUCGCAAUUUUACGUUGAUGGGUGGUAAGAGGAGAGACCGCUUCUUCGAAGACAGGGGAAACUCUCAUUGUUACGGAACAAUGCUGAUAAACAGUGCCCCUAACUUGACUGAAACAUCAAUACCUUCAUAUCUUUAUCUUUAUCUAGUCUCUGAUUACAGUGAUGAUGAUAAGAUGUUCUUCUGUGAAGAAGAUCAAAAAACAUUCAUCGGUGAAGUGCCUUGGCUGGUCGUUAAAUCCAACAUUUACUUUGUCCCGUCUCUAUGGUUGAUCCCUAGUUUCCAGACCGAACUCAUCAAGAUGUUCCCCGAGAAAGAAACCGUGUUCCACCACUUGAGUCGGUAUCUUCUUCACCCGACAAACCAAGUUUGGGGACUGGUCACAAGAUCCUACAAUGCUUACUUAUCAAGAGCAGACGAGAGACUUGGGAUCCAAGUAAGGGUUUUCGAGAGACGAGCUGGAUUUUUACAGCACGUCAUGGACCAGAUCAUCGCAUGUACACAAAGAGAGAAACUGUUGCCUGAAUUAGCAGCUACACAAGUCAAGAACACAUCAACAAGAAGCAGCAAGAGACUACUUAAAGUUGUUCUGGUCACGUCUCUGCACCCAGAGUACUCUGUAAAGUUAAAGAGAAUGUUUUGGGAACAACCGACUUCAACAGGAGAGAUGAUUGAAGUUUAUCAGCCAAGUGAAGAGAGGGUUCAACAAACAGACAAGAAGCUUCACGACCAAAAGGCUCUCGCAGAGGUCUAUCUCCUAAGCUUAACUGAUAACAUUGUCACGUCCGCGAGGUCUACAUUUGGAUAUUUUGCUCAUAGUCUUGGAGGAUUAAGGCCAUGGAUACUCUACCACAACGGCAACCGUACAGCUCCUGAUCCACCAUGCGUUAAAGCCGUGUCGAUGGAGCCAUGUUUCCAUAGUCCUCCGCUCUAUGGUUGUCAAGCCAAGACAAUCGAAACCACACCUUUUGUAAUGUCUUGUGAGGAUUCGAACCCAGGUCUUAAGCUAGUUGAUGCUCCCGAAUGAAUGAAUCUUCUUCCAAGACCGUCUCAUUGUCGCCUAGAAAAUAUUAAAUAAUCACCAAAACUUGUCACUGUGGUUCAGUUUCAGGACAAUGGUUUAAAAAAAUUAUGUAAAAUAGUUUCUUCGAUUAACUAUAAGUGUAAAACCCUUCCUCUAACCUAUUGAGAGAGAUACCAUGAGAGAGAUACCAUGAUGUCAAAUUUAAAAGAUAAGCAUUUUUUAAAACAUAACCUUGAUUUUAUGUAUUACUAGGAGUUAAUCCGCGCUACGCGCGGAGCUAUUUUGAUUUUUAAAUGUUAACUAUAUAGUUAUUCAUUUGGACGUUGUAUUCUGAACAGCAACAAAAUUCUAAAUUGUAUGUUUGUGUGAAUAGUAAUUUCUUUAGAAAAAAAAAGAAAACUAUACAUUUUUCAUAUAGAUGUUUCAUAUAGUUUUCCAUUUUUUAUAUUAUAUAUUUACUUAUUAUUUAAAUUUUCUUAAUUUGUAGGACAACUCUUUCAAAUAGUCGUUUUUAAGUUUUUAUCACAAAAUAGUCAUCAAUAAGGAAAUGACCAAAAUAACCCAUUUUAUUUUGAAAAUGUUAAUAUUUCUUUUUUAUUUUUCAAACUUUGAAAUCAUAUCCACAGAACUCCACACCAUAACUCUAAACCCUAAGUCUAGUUUAUUUAAUCUUAUAGCAUAGAUGUAUUUUAACUCUUUAAUAAAUGUUUAAUUCAGAUAAAUGUUUAAUUUAGUUUUUCUAUUUUUUAUAUUGUAUAUUUACUUACUGUUUAUCUUCUCUUAUUUUGUAUAG